CCAGAGAAUGAAUAAUCACAAGAAACUGGCUUAAGCAGCUCCCUGGAUCUGGUGCAUGAUUUCGAUUGAGUUUGAUUUGAUUUAAUUUUUUUAUUUUUGUUUAUAUUUUUUUCCCCAAGUCAUCGUUCGCAUUUUAUUUUCUGCAUUUCUUCCUUCUUUUUUUUUUUUUUUUUUUUUUUUCACCUUUUGGGAGAUUUGCAAACCGAAUUACAUGCAUGUCCAGUGGGGGAAGGUUUAAUUUUGACGAUGGAGGGUCGUACUGUGGAGGCUGGGAGGACGGAAAGGCUCAUGGCCAUGGAAUCUGUACCGGCCCGAAGGGUCAAGGUGAAUAUUCGGGCUCCUGGAGUCACGGCUUUGAGGUGCUGGGGGUCUACACUUGGCCCAGUGGCAACACUUACCAGGGCACCUGGGCGCAGGGCAAGCGCCAUGGCAUUGGCAUGGAGAGCAAAGGGAAGUGGGUGUACAAAGGAGAGUGGACCCAUGGAUUUAAGGGACGGUACGGGGUCCGAGAAUGCACUGGAAACGGGGCCAAGUACGAAGGCACCUGGAGCAAUGGAUUACAGGAUGGCUACGGGACAGAGACCUACUCGGAUGGAGGGACAUACCAGGGCCAGUGGGUUGGAGGGAUGCGCCAGGGUUACGGCGUCCGGCAGAGCGUUCCCUACGGCAUGGCCGCGGUUAUCAGGUCACCCCUGAGGACGUCCAUCAACUCCCUGCGCAGCGAGCACACCAACGGCACGGCGCUGCACCCCGACGCCUCGCCGGCCGUGGCCGGCAGCCCGGCCGUGUCCCGGGGGGGCUUUGUGCUCAUGGCCCACAGCGACGCCGAGAUCCUCAAGAGCAAGAAGAAGGGCAUCUUCCGGCGGUCGCUGCUCAGCGGGCUCAAGCUCCGCAAGUCCGAGUCCAAGAGCUCCUUGGCCAGCCAGCGGAGCAAGCAGAGCUCGUUCCGGAGCGAAGCCGGGAUGAGCACGGUCAGCUCCACCGCCAGCGACAUCAACUCCACCAUCAGCCUGGGCGAGGGCGAGGCCGAGCUCUCCGUCAUCGAAGACGACAUCGACGCCACCACCACCGAGAUCUACGUGGGCGAGUGGAAGAACGACAAGCGGUCAGGCUUUGGGGUGAGCCAGCGCUCGGACGGGCUCAAGUACGAGGGCGAGUGGGCCAACAACAAGCGCCACGGCUACGGCUGCAUGACCUUCCCUGAUGGCACCAAGGAGGAGGGCAAGUACAAGCAGAACAUCCUGGUCAGCGGCAAGAGGAAGAACCUCAUCCCGCUGCGGGCCAGCAAGAUCCGUGAGAAGGUGGAUCGGGCCAUGGAGGCGGCCGAGCGGGCGGCCACCAUCGCCAAGCAGAAAGCGGAGAUCGCGGCGUCCAGGACCUCUCACUCCAGGGCCAAGGCAGAGGCGGCUGUGACAGCGGCGCAGAAAGCUCAGGAGGAAGCGCGGAUCGCCAGGAUCACUGCCAAAGAGUUCUCGCCUUCCUUCCAGCACAGGGAAAACGGGCUCGAAUGCCAGAGACCGAAGCGCCAGAACUCGAGCGAUGACAUCGAGGUCCUGUCCACCGGGACCCCCCUCCAGCAGGAGAGCCCCGAGCUGUACCGCAAAGGGACCACCCCGUCCGACCUGACCCCCGACGACAGCCCGCUGCAGAGCUUCCCUGCCAGCCCCUCCUCCACGCCCCCCCUGGGCCCUUCCUGCAGGAACAAGAGCGCCCACUUCUCCAGGCAGGUCUCGGUGGACGAAGAGAGGGGCGGGGAGAUCCAGAUGUUGCUGGAGGGGCGUGGCGGGGAUUACCUGCGACCCAACAGCUGGAGCAGCGAAGAGAAGGCCGGCGGGACGCGCGGAGUGAGAAGCGGGACCCUGCGCGCUGGGCAGCUGGGGGCGGCCCCCGCCCCCGAAGACUACCGAGGUCGGAGCGGAGGGCACAAACACUCGGCCUCCAACCACAAGCAAAGAGAGAGGUGGACAGAUUCCCCUGCCACGGUUUCAUGGACUUCCCACCACAGGUCCCACAACCACAGCUCAGGGAGCUCCAAACUGCUUGAGCUGGACGAGGAGAAGAUGAGCAAUUACGAGAUGGAGAUGAAGCCCCUCAUGAGGAUGGAUUCUUAUAUGCAAGAGAUUCACACCCAAAAAAGACACUACAGCAAAGGGGGAGGCUGCAGGAGCGUGGCUGACGACCACCGUGGGGAAGAGCGGGGCUUCGGGGUUCAGAGACUGAGGUCUAAGUCCCAGAACAAAGAGAAUUUCAGGCCAGCUUCCUCUGCAGAGCCCACGGUGCAGAAACUGGAAAACCUGAGAUUCGGGGACAAAGCUGAACCUCGGCUACUAAGGUGGGACUUAACCUUCUCCCCGCCACAGAAAUCUUUACCUGUUGCACUAGAAUCUGAAGAGGACAGUGGGGAUGCGCUCAAAUCCAGUACGGGUUCAGCUCCCAUCCUGGUAGUCAUGGUGAUCUUACUAAAUAUUGGAGUCGCCAUUUUGUUUAUUAACUUUUUCAUCUAAUUCAAGACUGUCUUGUUUGCAAAAAUAACAGUUACAUGUAUGAAUGGGAAAACAAAACAAAAAAAACAAAGAAAAAAAAAAACACAAAAACAAACCAGAACCAAACAACAAACAACAACAAAACAAAGGGAAAAAUCAUAACUCGAACUGUCCUCCGACAAUUUCCAAGUCUUUUCACAGAAGAACAACAAAUGAUCGAGUCUCACUCACAGUUUGCCUUUUUUCCUGGGUAAUGUUUUUUGGAUUUUAGCCAAAAUUCUUUGCUUGUAUAACACUAUGCUGUGUGGCAUGGCAAAAUGCUAUCAACACUCUGCCCCCCCAACAUUGGGAAGGAUGAGAAGGAAUCCCAACAAAAGAAAACCUCGUUUCCCUUCCCCUCACCAUCCCCCUCCCCCCCCCAAAAAAAAAAAAAAUGG